AUCCUCUCCCUGUGCUGCUGACCUCUGACAGCCGGCCCGCUCAUGGAUCCUCUCCCUCCCUUAACAAACACGGAAGCAGCAUGGCGUCCAACAGCAGCGGCGGCAGCAGCUCCGACAGGCAGCGAAUUGCACAGCAAAGACUGAGUAUCAUCGCCGGACAUCUACAGAGACCCGUGGACGAUGACUCGACCAUCCUCGCCGAAGAGUGCAAAGGCCAAAUCAUCAAAACAGACGCUUCCAGCUCGGGGAAUACUGUGCCGAGGAGGAGGCAGGAGAUUAUGAAAUGGAACGGCUGGGGAUACAGCGAUUCAAAAUUCCUUUUCAACAAGAAAGGGCAAGCAGAAUUCACUGGCAAAAGGUAUAGACUAAGUGGUAUGAUCAUCCCUGCUCUGAAAGAUUGGAUAGAAGAAACAUUUGGAGCCAGUUUGCAGCACAAAGCUCCACCAACACUUCCUCUGACGAGCAGUGCUGUGCAGCCUCCCACUCUUAACGAGGCCUUUGUGGAGGAUGUGAAAUCCACAGGUAUUCCCUUCUCUCAUGAUGCAGAGGACCGAGUGUUUCGCGGCCACGGCCAUUGCUUACACGAGAUCUUUGCCGUUCGAGAAGGGAAAAUUGGCCGUGUUCCUGAUAUGGUGGUAUGGCCAAACUGCCACAGUGAUGUGGUGAAACUUGUUGAACUGGCGUGCAAACAUAAUGUUUGUUUGAUGCCAUAUGGAGGAGGGACGAGUGUCUCAAGCGCACUAGAGUGCCCUCCAGAGGAAACCCGCUCCAUCGUUUCUCUGGAUACCUCACAGAUGAACCGCAUUCUGUGGGUUGACGAGAAGAAUUUAACCGCCCAUGUGGAAGCUGGCAUUGUCGGUCAGGAUUUGGAGAGAUUGCUUAAUGAGAGCGGCUACUGUACAGGGCAUGAGCCUGACUCCAUGGAGUUCAGCUCCCUGGGGGGCUGGGUAGCAACCAGAGCAUCAGGCAUGAAGAAGAAUAUCUACGGCAACAUUGAGGAUCUGGUUGUCCACAUAAGGAUGGUGACGCCACAAGGGGUGAUAGAGAAGAGCUGUCAGGGGCCACGCAUGUCCACAGGGCCUGACGUUCACCACUUCAUCAUGGGUUCAGAAGGAACUCUGGGUGUGGUCACUGAGGUGACGAUGAAGAUCCGUCCCAUGCCAGAGUAUCAGAAAUAUGGCUCAGUGGUGUUCCCGAAUUUUGAGCAGGGAGUCGCCUGUCUCAGAGAGGUUGCCAAACAGAGGUGUGCCCCGGCCUCUAUACGACUCAUGGAUAAUGAGCAAUUUAAAUUUGGUCAUGCCCUGAAGCCUCAAGUCUCUUCAAUUUUCACAUCCUUUUUAGAUGGGUUGAAGAAGUUUUACAUCACCAAGUUCAAAGGGUUUGACCCCAACGUCCUGUGUGUGGCCACACUCCUGUUUGAGGGAGACCGUGAGAAGGUCCUGCAGCAUGAGAAGCAGGUUUACGACAUUGCUGCUAAAUUCGGGGGCCUGGCAGCUGGAGAGGACAAUGGGCAGAGGGGCUACAUGUUGACCUUCGUCAUCGCUUACCUCCGGGACUUUGGGAUGGACUACUAUGUGAUAGGGGAGUCCUUUGAAACCUCUGUGCCUUGGGACAGGGUGUUGGACAUUUGCCGGAAUGUGAAGGCACGCAUUACUCGAGAGUGUAAAGACAAAGGAGUACAGUUUCCACCGCUCUCCACAUGCAGGGUGACUCAGUUGUAUGACGCCGGUGCUUGCGUCUACUUUUACUUUGCCUUCAACUACAGAGGACUCAGUGAUCCAGUGCACAUGUUCGACCAAGUGGAGCAUGCUGCUAGAGAGGAGAUCCUUGCCAAUGGAGGGAGCUUGUCACAUCACCAUGGAGUGGGGAAACUUCGGAAGGCGUGGAUGAGGGAGACUGUCUCCAGCGUCGGCCUGGGGAUGCUUAAGUCCGUCAAGGACUACGUGGACCCCCAGAACAUCUUUGGCAACAGGAACCUGCUCUAACUCCCCGCUCCUGUCCCAUCUUAAGCUCACCUUUUUCUAAAAAGCAUUGUGUGCAUUUUGGAUUUAAUAGAUACUAAUAUGUGAAUUUGAAAUGGACAGAGAUGUUGUCUUUUUUCAUCAAGAAGUGUCAUUUGGUGCCAUUUAUCAAUUCCCCUGACCCUUUUUUUUUUCUUUUACAUUGUAUUGCACUCAACAUGCUGUAACAAUCAAUCACGGUCAUCUCAGUUUGUUCGGAGCUACGGCCAUGAUGCAACUAAACCUUGAUUUUGUCACAUUUGCUUGUGUUUAACCCUUUCCUUAAUAUCUUUGUCAACUAUUCAUUAGUUUGUUUUUAUACUCCUUCUGUGUGAGUGUCAGUGUGUGUCCAUGUGUGGCACUUCUUUAGCGGUAAGUUCAAGAUGAAUGCGCUUUCUAAAGCUCCGUGCCUUUCUAAAGCUUCUGUCUGCCUUCCCCUUCUCCUAUGACUCACUUUGUGGAGCAAAAUUAACCCCGACAUGAGCUUUUCUGUGUCUCUACUUUCAUUUUCUUACCCUCCUUUCUUCAGUCAUACUAACCUUUUGCCAUAAGAGACUCUGGACUGAACAGGCUCUACUAAAACCCGCCUAUGGCCCACCAAAUUUUAACAAGAACCCAGUGUGAUUACAAAGAGAGAUAUUCCUUGUGUGUUUAGUUUUUUGUACUGAGAGCGUUUACCUUGCAUGGUUUGUUACUGAGAAAGCGAAGCAGGAAAAAAAACACGUUUUUUCUUACUUUAUUUUUGUUUUUGUCAUAAAUGCUUCAAAGUGGCUGCAAUUUUGAGGCCUCUGGACCCCGGUGCUCACGUUGUACCAAAGACUCACAACACAUCACAUCAUGCAAACAUACUGUAAACACAUGUUUGACUGUGUACACACAUGUAGUACAGCUGAACGCACAGCUGAACUGUAUUUUUUAAUCAGCAUAUGCAAAGAUAACCCCUGUGAGAGCUGUAAACAUGUUAGUUAGCUGUUACUGUUUCAUGAGCUAAACUUUGUUAAACACAAAUACAUCUUAUAUCCAGACACUGUAUUAAAUUAUGUCUGUUUUUCCCUGAUGUUCCUGUUGAAACGGCUCCCCUUCUUAGUGUAUAUAUACUUUAUGAGGGUUUUUUGGAUCUGAUACUGUAAUGUACUACAAUUUGAUACCAGACUUUUACCAUAUGUCAUAGUUAACUAUUCAUUUUGAGGAAAAGUCAAGCUUUAAGAAAGCUGUUGUGCAUAGAAAUUUUCCCCUUAUUACCCCUCCUGAGCUAAGCUACAUAUUUUUCUGGACCACCAUGUCCUUUUUAAUUCAUACAAUUUCCAAAAUAUAAAAAGGACUCAUUAGGGACCUGUUGUGUGACAUUUUACUCCUGUGUCAAAAGAGGUUUUGAAGGUUAUGGAUGUACCUUUUUUACUUUCCAAUUCUCUAAACAUCGUAGUAACAUCUAAGUACAUUUUGUCAAUGCUGUUUGUGCAAUAAAUUGAACUAAAACAU